AUGAUCAAGACCCCGGUGCACUCACGGACGUUGUCCCAGACCAGCGGCUUGCACAAAUCCAACUCGACACGGAGCCUCGCGUCGCUGGCGGACAUCGACGCGCUGAUCUUCGCCCAAGACGAGGAGGAGCGGACGCUCCAGCGUCGCAAGUCGCUGGAGAAGCCGCCGCGCCACGCCAGUGUCCCCAUGUACGCACAAAUCCUGCUGCAGCUAUGGCAGCGCGAGCUGCAACGCCACGACGUGGACCUGACCAGUGACUUUUUCCACGACUUGAAAGGCACCGAAGAGCAGGGUGUGCGGCUCGUGGGCCGCAUGCAAGCGCUGGGGUUUAACCUCACGGUGGCACAGUUUCUCGCCUUGCCGCGGUGCUCCAUUUACUCGUUGCUGCUCAUAGCGCUCUGA